CCUGCCCCUCCGCUCCCCUCCUGAGGGAGCUGCAGGCUGCCAUGAGGCCUCCCCUCAGCCUGCUCCUGUCGGGGCUGAGCAAACCAGGGGAGCUCAGCCGCUCCUCACACGUUUUGCCCUCUAGACCUUCUAUUUACCAUUUCCCUAGCUUCCUUUGGACACUCUCUAACAGCUCUCUAACAGUACUUCUUAUUUUGUGGCACCCAAAACUGCACACAGUGCUUGAGGUGAAGCCACAUCAGUGCAGAGCAGAGCAGAGCAGAGCAGGACAAUCCUUUCCCUCAGCUGGCUAGGAAUGCCGUGCCUGAUGCAGCCCAGGGUAUGGGUGGCCCUCCUGGCCGCAGGGUACGCUGUUGAUACCUAUUCAACUUGCCACUGACCACAGUGCCCAGAUCCCUUGCUGCAGGGCUGCUCAUCCCCCACUCUGUAUGCAUAGGCAAUGUUGCCCCAACCUACACGUAGGUGAAGAAUCUGUCGCUUGUCCCUGUUAAACUUCAUACGUCAGUGAUUGCCUGGCACUCGGACUUGUCAAGAUCUCGCCACAAGGCCUGUCUAUACACAAGGGAGCUCACAUCUCCUCAUAGUUAGUAUGAUUUGCAAACUUAGGAUUUAUUCCAUCCAUAGUGCAUCCAGACACUACCUCGACAUCGAACCUUUCCUUUCCAAAAAGGGACCCAUUUGACCCUGUAGAGAGGGGUGUGAUUUAAAAGGCUUGGAGAACGUCACUGGUUUUGUUGAGUUGCUUUCCACACUGCUAAAAUAUCAAAUCAAAGCCUAGGAAGCCAAUCAAAGAAACAAGGGCUUGUACAUCUACUCUGUUAUGUCAUCAGCAAAAUCUGUAUAGGUUUUAUUCUGGUUGGACCUGCAGAGCAGCCUCUGGGAGACUGCUGACCUUGAGGAGCAUCGCCUGGGUACACAGCUAUUCCCUUGCAGAAGCGGUGCUGUGGAAAUCACAGAGCAUUUUCAAGGAGUGGCAGGAAACUAGGAAGAGAUUGCUACAUUCUUUAGUUCACAUUGCUCGGGCAACUGAUUUCCCUCCCCAGCUGGAAAACGUAGAGGGACAUCAAGGAGGCCAGAAGGGAGCUAUCACACGGGGAAGGGGAAGCAAGGUCUAGGGAAGAAGCCAUCCCCUUUCAACACAGCUUUAUGUGCUUCUUUGGAGUGGAAACACCCGUGGUACAGCACCAGCAACAAGUGCUGGGCAGCAACAUCUGCUCUGGCCGUUCCACUGUGAUGUCACUGUGGUGACUGCGGGUGUCACGGUGAUGUUCAAGCAUCUCCCACCAGAACGCCCAGACAGACCAGCUGGGUCUCACUUGCUGACUGGCAGGACGAAGACUGAGCUGCCCACUGAAAUGGCUUCAGGCGGAAGUUUCAGUGAAGAUGAGACAAAAGAAAUUAAAAGGGAGCCGCUUCCAGCAGAAACUUCACCCGUUGCUGCUCCAGACAAGCCGGUUGAAUCCUCAGAGUCCCCUUCUGCUGAGCCUCCGGGACAGGAUGGAGGAGCAGCUUCUGAUGGUGCUGCAGCAUCAACGGAGGGAGGAAAGGAUUGCCCAGCCUCCACUGAUAACCGUGAGAGCAGACGCGGUAGUUCUUCUGAGGAGCGUGCUGUCAAAGCCAAUGUCUUCUCCUUCCUCAGUUUCCCAAAGAAACUGUGGUACCUAGUUGAAAGCGACGAGUUUAAGACCAUUUGGUGGGGUCGCUGUGGAAACUGUAUUGUGAUCGAUGAGGAAAUGUUUAAAGUAGAAGUGCUGGGGAGGACCGGGCCGCAGAAAAUUUUUGAGACUGGCAAUAUGAAGAGUUUCAUUCGUCAACUUAACCUGUACGGAUUCACCAAAAUGAAAUGGGACUUCCAAAGAUCUGCCUCGCUUCCCGAAUUCCUGGCAGAAGAAGAUGCGUUUUCUGCUCAUAGGAAGUUACUCCUCUACCACAACCCCAACUUCAAGAGGUAUUCUCCCCACCUGCUCAUCAACUGCAAUCGCCGUGCCGCCCUGAAGAGGAAAGCCACGGCUGCCCCUGCAACACAGGCGGAUCUGGAUGCAAAGUGCCCCAGCAGCAGCAGCUCAGGCAUCCAGCAUGGGCGGGGAGCAGAUGCUGGGCAGGAGAAGGACGGGAUGGAAAAAGCUGCAGAAGAAGACACGCAGACAGCAGCCCCCCCAGGGUCCCCUCUCCCAAAGCGCCGGGCAAAAGCCCCCCCCCAGGCUAGCGGUGCCCAUCCAGCCUCAUGCACGGAUGCUCCCUCCCUGCCAGGCCCCGCUGCAGAGGCAGCAGGCAGGGACAAUCAACAGCCUCCGGCCUCCCCCCAGCUGCCAGCACGCAGCAGCCAGAGCCCACCUGCCUCUCCUACUCCCACACGCUACCACUUUCUGCCUCUCAUGGGACCCGCCUUGCCACCUAUGCACCGAAACGCGGCAGCUGCGCGCUUUCCCGGGGCUGCCAGACCUCCCUUGCGUCCACUUGCAAGUCCCGGGCUGGCAGCAGCCUCUGCCACGGCCAUGCCAAAUCCACCCGACUGGCAGCCCUCAGCACCCCCACACUGCCCAACUUGCACCUGCGGCUCAGACAGGACAGCUGCAGGCGAUGGGCCGGCACCCUAGCGCAGGACCCACUAGGGAUAGCAGGGAGAGCGGCACCCACUUCCAGGUUCAGAGUUGUUCAGAGUUGUUCACAGUUCAUAGGCUGAUUGUUCUGAAAAUAGUUGUUUGCAUAAUAAACC